AUGGAUGCCCUCACCCCAACCCUUUCAGAAAUCAGAGGGACUACCUCGGAGCCCAGUACUCUACAGGUCACUCUCGGCAGUCUGGACAGAUCUACAGACCAGAGCAUCGGCAUCUUUUCUGGGCUUGCGGGACUCCUCGCCCUCCUCCUGGUCAUCGCAGUUGUCUGUGUCCUGCGGAACUGGAAUAAACGGAAGAAGCGACAAGGUCCUUACCUGCGAGUUACCGUCAUGCCUUUGCCAACUCUGCCUAGACUCAGACAACAAGCCAAAAAUAUUUAUGACUCUUUACCCCAGAGGCAAGAAGAACAGGGGAGACAUCAGUCAAGGAGCGUCCGUAUUUUCAGUACCGAGAGCCUCUUCUCCAGAAACUCUGACAGCCCUCCCUCGGCGCAUAUGCCCUCCCAAGCAGACAAUGCCCUCCAGGUGCACAGAGCCCAUAGCCAUGCUGUGAGCUGUGCUAGGGACAUCUAUGACAAUGCCAUGGAGGCCCAGAUGUAUGGCAACCCCAUUCCCUCAGCACACUACAUCAAUGUCAGAGCAGCUGGAGACAGCCUGAGCAUCUCUUCAGAAGAUUCAAGAGAUUAUGUCAAUGUUCCCAUAGCAGAAGAGGUUACUGAGACUCUAGCUUCUACCAACACCCUCCCCAGGAACCUUCUUGUCUUCCCAAGUGCUCAGGAGCUGGAGUCUACUGAGGAAAAAAAUGAAGGCUGUGGGGAUGCCCAUAACAGCACCAGUUUUUGGUCUCCAGAAACUGAGAGCAAUGAUUCACUCAGCGAUGAGGAAGGCUCUUCUCAGACCUCAAAUGACUACGUCAACAUGGCAGGGUUGGAUCUCAGGGCCAUCCAAGGGGAGCAUCCCUGGAUGUCUUGUCAGUGCUGCAGAGAUUAUGCAGAUGUCCCACCAGCAGAUCUCAAUAGAAGCCAGCAGCAGGCAGAAGAAGUGACCUCCUCAAACACAGACCAUGUAGAGCGCAGGGCAGAUGGUCUAGGAACCCACGUCCAACUUGCAAUGCAGUCAGGGAAGUUCCUGGAUUUAGGUGAUUAUGUGACUUAUCAGCCACCUGCACAAAAUGAGAACAGUCAGAUGACAAAAGAGGACUCUAAUGACUAUGAGAAUAUGCUAGCUGUCAAGUUAGAAAGCAGGGACUGCGAGCAGGGACCAGACACACAGCUCCUUCCUGAUGAAUUAAGAUCCAGCCACCCAGCUGGAAAGCUACAUGGAGUAGUCUGUCCUGCCAGAUCCAAAGCCACUACAGGUCUUCUAACGAAGACCUUUGACCAUCCUAGUAUUUCAGUGGAUUCAUUUAGUUAGGCUAAAAAGAGGCUGAGAGGAGUAGGGAGCUAAGAGGCUUGCAAAGCAAAGGUUUGGGAAAGCAAGAAAGAAAUUCUUCUCAAGUAGGGUGCCAUUAUCUCUCAUACCAGUCUAAGAAUGUUUGCUGCCAUUACCUUUAAGGACCGUUAGGAGAUCAAAAAUGCAACAGUACUUUAGUGCACCAUGGAAAUAUAAAGUAGUCUAAAAUCAUUACCUUCACUCAUACCAGCAAGCUACAAAGCAAAAAUAUGGAUUAUUUUGUAAUCUAGGCAGAGGCUAAAGGAAGGGAGAAAUGGGAGUGGGGGUGGGGGACAGUUUCUACUUUAAA